AUGAUAAACAAGAUAGGAAGAAGAAGCGACUCUCUCUCUCUCAUAUCCAUGGACAGGACAUCAUCAUUCUCCCGCCACGAAGGAAAGCCGAUUCGAUGCAAAGCAGCAAUUAGUAGAAAAGCAGGAGAAGCAUUGGUGAUAGAAGAGAUCCACGUUGAUCCACCUCAAGCUUACGAAGUUAGGAUUAAGAUCCUAUGCACAUCUCUAUGUCACACUGAUCUUUCUUUCUCGAAACUAGACACCGGACCACUUGCAAGGUUUCCUAGGAUUUUAGGGCACGAAGCAGUCGGUGUGGUGGAGAGCAUUGGUGAACACGUGGAUGGAUUCAAACAAGGCGACGUCGUAUUGCCAGUGUUUCACCCUCACUGUGAAGAAUGUAGAGACUGCAAAUCCUCAAAGAGCAACUGGUGCGCGAGAUUUGCCGAGGAUUUCUUGUCAAACACGCAACGAUACGGAAUGGCUUCGAGAUUCAAGGACUCUUCGGGAGAAGAUAUUUACCAUUUUCUCUUCGUCUCGAGCUUUUCUGAGUAUACAGUUGUUGACAUCGCACAUCUCGUCAAAAUCUCUCCUCAAAUUCCCGUUGAUAGAGCGGUUUUGCUCAGCUGCGGUGUCUCUACAGGAGUUGGAGCAGCUUGGAAGGUGGCCGACGUGGAAGAAGGCUCCACCAUUGCAGUUUUAGGCCUUGGUGCUGUUGGACUUGCGGUUGCAGAAGGAGCCAGGCUGCGUGGGGCCGCAAAGAUUAUUGGUGUUGAUCUCAAUUCUGAUAAAUAUGAGUUAGGUAAGAAGUUUGGCAUCACCGAUUUCCUCAAUCCUACCUUGUGUGGAGAAAAAAAGAUUAGCGAGGUGAUUAAAGAAUUAACAGGAGGAGGAGUUGACUACAGUUUUGAAUGCGUUGGUUUAACUUCUGUAUUGAGUGAGGCUUUCGCCAGCACCCGCACGGUACGCUUAUACCGGUUCAUGCGGCUUCUUAGCCAGUUCAGUACCAUUCCAAUGGGUACAGGAAAGACGGUUAUUUUGGGGAUAGAUAAGCAUCUAGCACCAACAAGUUUGGAUAGUUUUGAUCUUUUCAGAGGCAAACAAGUUUGUGGAAGCUUGUUUGGUGGUCUGAAACCCAAACUAGAUAUUCCAGUUCUCGUGGAUCACUACUUAAAUAAGGAACUUAAUCUGGAUAGUUUUGUUACACAUGAACUGAAUUUUGAGGAAAUCAAUAAGGCUUUCGAAUUAUUAGAGCAAGGAAAAUCUCUUCGCUGCAUUCUAUGGAUGGAUAAGUGAAAAAGAGAGAUUAUGAAGUGGAGGCCGGAGUGAAUCCAAUGGGUAACCUAUGUGACCGAAAAGAUAUAUUUGUCGGAGGAUGCGGCUCCAAUGGAAGCAAGACUUGCAUAAACGACUUUGUUAAGAAAGGAGGCGAAAGCAACAAGCCUGCAAGUUGCGAGUGUGAUAACUUUGGCGAAGAACAUUUAUGCCGAUGUAAAUUUGCUUGCUAGCUUUAUGUUAUAGCCUUAUAGGUUAUACAAACAAAAUUUUACAGUAUAAAUACUAGAGAAUAAGAUGGAAGAGAUUUGUUUUAUUGCUGUGUGUGUCUCUUAAAUCGUUUUGGACGCUGAAGAAAACGUAAAGAACAAAAGAGUCGCAAAACUUAUUUAGAACUUAAAGCCUCGUUUCCUUAAGACUCUGAACUGCUUUCCAGCCAAAGCAUUUUUCUGUCAUUAAAUUUUUAAUAAAACAAAAAGGUUAUUUU